AUGAAGCUCACUUCUCAGGGAAUCAUUCUUAUCCUUACACUCGCACUCGGCGCAAGCGCUCAUCCCUCAUCUGUGGACAAGCGAAAUGGCAUCCUCGGCGGCAUCCUCGGUGGCAGCAUCGGCGGCGGUCUCUCCAGCGGCAUCUCUGGCGGCGCCUCAGGCGGUGUCAGCGUCGUCGGCAGCGCACUCGGCAGCUGCAACACGAAAUUCUCCAGCUGCAACAGUGCCGUCCUGGGCCUGCACGCUGGCGCCGACCUCAGCGUCACCGUCGACGCCAUCGGCUCUCUGAUCACGACCCUGCAAGGCGCCACCGCGUCCUGCAAGGCCGCGGGCUCGCUCUCGCUCACCGACUACAUCUCCCUCCAGGUGCAGUUCUCGGCUUUCAAGGCCCACUGCGGCACGCUCAUCGGCUCCCUCAUCGCCAAGAAGGGGGUCGUCGUCGAGAUCGGCUGCUGUGGCAUCGCCAUCGACGCCAUCGCCGACAUCAAGGCCGCGUCCGCAGCCUUCAUCGAGGCCAUGAUCGGCAUCUCCGGUAGCCUCGACGUCGGCUUCGACGCCGGCGAGUUCCACCUCUCUGGCAGCGCCGACCUCGACGGCUUCGCCACCCUCAUCGCUGGCAUUGGCGGCUCUUUCAAGGCCGGCAUCGGCGCCUUUGGUGACGGCAACUGUGUCAACAAGGGCAAUGCCGAGGCGACCAUCUCGCUCGGUGCCAACCUCGGCCCCGGCGCUACCGGAACAAUUGCUGCCGGUAUCUCAGCUACGGGGGCUGUCAAGGGCGGCGCUGGUGCAUCUGCUACCGGCGCUGUGCCCGUGACCGCUGGUGCUUCUGCUACCGGCGCUGUGACUGGAGGUGCUGGUGGAUCUGGCGCAGGUGCCGGCGGCAUUGGAGGCGGUGCUACCGGCGGCCUCGGCGGUGGUGUCGGCGGUGGUGUCGGCGGUGGUGUCGGCGGUGGUGCCGGCGGUUCCCUGGGAGGCGGUGUCGGCGGUGGUGCUGGUGGUGCUGGUGCAACUGGAUCUCUCGGAGGCGGUGCUGCCGGCGGUGUCGGCGGUGGUGCUGGUGCUACCGGUGGUGUCGGUGGUGGUGCUGGCGCAACUGGUGGUGUGUCUCCUACGAUCGGCGCUUCAGCGACUGGCGCCGUCACCGCUCCUGGUUCUACCGCAACUGGCUCUGCUGGUACUGGCUCUGGCCACGGCUCCGGCUCCGGCUCCGGCUCUGGCUCUGUUGGCGGAUCCGGCUCUGGCUCUGUCGGUGGAUCUGGCUCCGGCUCUGUUGGUGGAUCUGGCAGCGGCUCUGGCAGCGGAUCUGGUAACAGCUCCCCUACCGGCACCUUCGGCGCCUCGGCCACCGAUGCUGUCUCUGCUCCCAGCGCAACUGGAACUGCCCCUGCUGGCACUGGCUCCGGCUCUGGAUCAGGCGACAGCUACCCUACUGCCGUCUACGGCACCUCGUCCGCCGAUGCUGUCAGCGCGACUGAUCUGCUCACCGCCUCAGGCGCGCCCGGCUACGGCUCUGGUGGCGGCUACGGCUACGGCGCUGGCGGCUACGCCGCAGGCUACAGCACCAGCCUGAGCCGCGCCGCGACUGCAUCCAAGAACGGCACCGCUGCGACGAACUCGCCUAUCGCCACUGCCGGAUCUUCCAUGCUGGCUAUCCCCGUCUCUAUCCUGAUGGGUCUUGGAGCCACUGUUAUGGCUCUCGUCUUCUAA